AUGGAAACCUUUAAGAAAAACCAUCUUACCCUCAUUUUCCUCAUAAUCUUGGCCAAUACUAUCAUCUUAAGUUCUACUUUGGUAAAAUCAUGCAAUCCCAUAGAUAAAGAAGCUCUACUUGAUUUCAAGCGGAGGAUCGAGUCCGAUAGUAGCGGGCAACUACUUACAUGGAACACAAAGACCAAUUGUUGUACGUCUUGGAAUUUUGUAAAGUGUGACAAUGCCACCGGAAGGGUAAUUGAGAUAUCUCCAUUUCGUCCUUCAAAUCCAAUGGAUUCCGAUAUCUCUAUCUUCGUAAAAGGUACAAUAUCCCCUUUCUUAGGUAAUCUUACCUCUCUUCAAGUCCUCAACCUACAUCAUUUUCAACAAAAUUACCUUGAUAACCCGGCCGGGUUAAGAGGUCAAAUCCCACCACAAUUAGGCCAAUUGUCACAGUUAACCUACCUUUCUUUAGCUUCCAACAUUCUUAGUGGUUCAAUACCUACAUCAUUUGCAAACCUCCGUCAUUUAAGAACUCUUGACCUCGGCCAAAACAGGCUCUCUGGCGCCAUACCCUCUAAUCUUUUCCAAUCAAUGAACUCACUCGAAUCAUUAAAUCUUGACCAAAAUGAUUUCACCGGCUCAAUACCCUCAACCAUCGAAAAUCUAUUAUCACUUGAAACACUCUCUCUUCGAAAUAAUUCAUUUUCUGGUUCGAUUCCAAGUAAUAUUGGCAAACUUAAGAAUCUCACAUACGUGUACAUGUCAUACAAUCGUAUUUCAGGAAAGAUACCUGAUUCCAUAGGCCAACUCUCCAAAUUAAUGUAUUUAGAUCUUGACAACAACAGACUCACUCAAUCAUUACCUUCUUCUAUAGGUAAACUCUCCAAAUUAAUUAACUUACAUCUCAACAAAAACAAAUUAAAUGGGCCUAUUCCUUCUUCGAUUGACGGCCUUGUUUCUAUAUUCGAGAUUUCUUUAUCUGAAAACAAUAUCACAGGCCCAAUUCCAUCUUCCAUCGUAAACAUAAUGUCACUCACCAAUCUUGACCUGACCCGAAAUUCUAUAUCUGGUGAGAUUCUAACUAAUAUUGGGAAAAUGAAAAACCUUCAAUUCAUAGAAUUGUCAUAUAACCAAAUUGGAGGGAAAAUACCUGAUUCAAUAGGUCAACUUAGCCAGUCGAUUACAAUUAAACUUGAUAAUAAUAAACUCAUUGGGCCUAUACCAAAUUCUAUAAGUAAUCUCUCUAGAUUAUAUAAUUUGAAACUUGAUCAUAAUAAGUUGAGUGGAAGUAUUCCAGCAAAGGUAUUGAAUAUAGAAAGACUUGAAGUUCUUGAUCUUUCUAACAAUCAACUUAGUGGAAGAAUUCCACCCCACAAAUCAAUUUUUCCUGCUUCUGCAUUUUCGGGGAACAUUGGUCUUUGUGAUACUCCACUUCCUCCUUGCAAGCGUUUGUAA